AACUUGUGAACUGCAUACUUCAUACUUUAACAUCGGCUGAGAUAAGGUUUCCUGUGUGGAAGUUUCUCUUUUUAUCAACACUAGAAAGGUCGGUUGCUAAGGAGUUGCAGAACCAAAGUCUUGUUAUAUUUUUUUUAACUAGAACAUGAUGUUCCUAGUGAUGACAGAUCUUGUGGUUAGUUGAUACUUGGUUGCUGAAGUCACUGUGUGCACUCUGCACUAAGCUGUUUAUAGAUGAAGUUUGUGUUGCCGAGUAUGCCCUGGUUUAACAGCAACAGCUCGGAGAAAGAUGUAGCCAUGGUAGAAACCGUGACAUCCAGGGCUUCUCUAGGUCAAGGGAACGGCUUGUUGGGUAUAAAGAUAUGGACAUGGUCCCUCGGUUCUGUUAUUCCAUGGGCUGCAACUUCUGGUGACCGAAAGCAGAAACCCACUACUAUAAACAGAGGGUUAAAAAGACAUGCCGUGUCUCGCAAGUCUUCCAGGUUAAAUAGUGUGAAUACUGUUUAUAGGUUUAGACCCUAUGUGUCCAAGGUUCCUUGGCACACAGGAAUGAGGGCGUUUCUCUCGCAGCUUUUCCCGAGGUACGGGCAUUAUUGUGGACCCAACUGGUCUAGUGGGAAAGAUGGUGGUUCACUGGUAUGGGAUCAGAGGCCUAUUGAUUGGUUAGACCAUUGCUGUUAUUGCCAUGAUAUUGGUUAUGAUACUCAUGAUCAGGCAGAGAUGUUAAAAGCCGACAUGGCGUUUCUUGAGUGUUUGGAAUCAAACAAGCACGUUGUUACAAGGGGAGAUGCGCACGUUGCUUUCUUUUACAAGACAAUGUGCAUAACAGGUCUCAAAAGCAUACUAAUUCCCUACAGAAGCUACCUCGUGAAGAUACAAUAUGGGCAAAAUGUACUUGACUUUGGGUGGAUAAUGAGCAACUUUAGCAAGAGAAGCUGAAUUUUCCAGAAGACUUGAGAGACAAGGAAGCAAAUUGGAGUUGCUCUUCAAUCCCUGUAAGCCUUUUCUCUGCCAAGUUUCAAUUUGUACAUAGAAGUUGUAAAGAGAAGGAAACUGAGGUUUAUGUUGUGUACUAUUAGAUAAAUAUACAUUUAACAUGAAACUGUGAUAACGCCUGUAAGUUGUUUGAACUAAACAUAAACUCUGUGAACUAAAACAAUCAUUUCUCUAGUGAGGAGUUACUGAUAUGA